GGGCUUGUAAUACAGGUGACUCCCAAGACAUUGGCUGAUGUGAAGGGUGGCACUCUUAUUUCUUAUGAAGGAAGGGUUCAGCUCCUGGAAAUUGCCCAAGUCCCAGAUGAACAUGUCAGUGAAUUUAAGUCGAUAGAGAAGUUCAAAAUUUUCAAUACAAAUAACUUAUGGGUGAACUUAAAAGCAAUUAAAAGGCUUGUUGAGGCUGAUGCUCUGAAGAUGGAGAUUAUUCCCAAUCCUAAGGAAGUUGAUGGAGUAAAAGUUGAUCUGAAGUUAAAGUUCCAGAAGGGUGAAAUUGAAGAACUGUUGAAGGCAAAAAGUGGAAGAACACUUGAUAAUCGUGACUGUUGA